AUUCAUUCUUAAUCAAGUGUCGAUUAUUCUCACCUCUUUAAUUGGAUUUUCGGAAUUUUCCAUUUUUAUUCUAAUUAAACCAACAUGGUGAAAACAAAAAAGUGGAUUCUUGCCAAGAAAUUUGAUGGCAAACCUAAAAAUGAUGACUUCAAACUGGAGGAAGAAGAGUUGCCGCCAGUCAAGGAUGGAGAGGUCCUCCUGGAAGCUCUUUACUUCAGCGUGGAUCCUUACAUGAGAGGACAUGACCUCUCUGGACUCGUUGGACACCAGAUGAUAGGAUCUCAGGUUGCAAAGGUGUCAGAAAGCAAACAUAAAGACUACAAGUCAGGUGACUUGGUGGUGGGACACUUUGGCUGGCGGAGCCACACUAUUUACCAAGUCAACAAACCUGCUGGCGCCGGUGACUCCAAAAUCAAGCCUUACAAAUUGCCCGACAUCCAAGGACUGAGCCCAUCGCUUGCUCUAGGUGUUCUCGGGAUGCCAGGAAACACUUCGUAUUUUGGAUUCCUUGAACUAUGCAAGCCCAAGGCUGGAGAAACUGUUGUAGUAAACGCGGCCGCUGGCGCUGUAGGCAUGCAUGUCGGGCAAAUUGCUAAGAUCAAAGGAUGCAGAGUGAUUGGGUUUGCUGGCUCCGACGACAAAGUGGAGUGGUUGAAAAAGGAAAUCGGCUUUGAUGCCGCCUACAACUACAAGACGGUGGACAUCGACAAAGCUCUGGCCGAGUCUGCUCCAAAUGGAGUUGACUGCUACUUUGAUAACGUUGGUGGAGAGAUGAGUUCGACUGUGAUUAGGAGAAUGAAUCCUUUUGGGAGAGUGUCAGUCUGUGGGUCAAUCUCUACUUACAAUGAUGACGUAAAACCUAAGGCUACUACUGUUCAAGAGAAGGUGAUCGGAAACCAACUGAAAAUAGAAGGAUUUAUGGUGUAUAGGUGGCUGGACAGGUGGCAGGAAGGAAUCAAGCAGAACAUUCAAUGGAUUAGGGAGGGAAAGCUGAAGUACCAGGAAACUAUCACAAACGGAUUUGGAAACAUCCCUCAGGCGUUCAUUGAUUUGCUGGAUGGCAAAAACACUGGAAAGGCUAUCAUAAAAGCAUAAAUUAAAAAAAAUAUGUUUCACGCAAUUUUCUUCGCAGUAAAAUUGGUUUUAGUUAGUUAUUCUUGGUAAUUGUCAAUACAUGAAAAUCAAAUAAAAAUGGUUAAUUUGGACAGGAAAGUAAAAA